AAAUAGCAUUUCUUUAAGCAUUCUCCAACUCGUGACGCCAAUGAUCUGUCUACUUGGCCAUGUGAGUGGGAAAUAAAAGAUAGAACGUUCUCAUAUGAAACAACAUCAAUAAAAGCUAGAUGGAUCUUUAAAUUUAAACUUAUAUUUAAAUGGAGUGGUUCAGAAAUUCAAACAAGAAUGUUAAGCAUAGAUUUCCAUAAGGAGUACCUUGAUUUGGUCUUAGUCCCCUGUGGGCUUCUGAUCAUGUUUGCCUAUCAUCUGUUCCUUCUUUACAGAUACCACAAACAUCCUGGCACUACUAUCUUUGACCUAGAGAACGAGGACAAGAAACUUUGGGUUCAAAGAGUUCUGCAGGGUGCUGAAAGUGAUAUUAACAGAGCUGUAAAUGUGAUUUCGAGCGACACAAACAUAGCGACUUUCUUAGCCACCGUCUCUUUGACUCUCAGUUCUCUUAUUGGAAUUUGGCUUGGAAGUAGUUCUAAUAAUAAUAUCCUUGAAAGCAAGAGAAUUUAUGGUGACACAAGGCCAUUCACCAUUUUCAUCAAGAACGUAUGCCUCCUCGUUUCUUUUCUUAUUGCUUUUUCAUGUUUUGUUCAAGCAGCAAAGAAUUUGGUUCAUGCAAAUUAUUUACUGAGCUCCCCAGACAAGAAAAGGGCAGCGAAGAAAAUUGAGUUUGCGGUUAAGAAAGGAGGUGAACUUUCCUUUUUCGGGCUCAGAGCUCUUUACUUUGCUCUUAACAUGCUCCUUUGGUUUUUCGGCCCAAUACCCAUGUUUGUUGCCUCUAUUGUUAUGGUGAUAGUCCUGUAUUACCAUGACAUUCAUACAGUUUUAUUGCAUGAUCUCUACUGUGAGCUACAUUGUCAGAAGGCUAGGGCACAAGGCGCCAGUGGCAGCUUUAGCUAUUGAGAAAGGUCACAAGUACAGGGUUUUUAGUUUAGAGUCCGAAUGUUCAUCCAUCCCAAUUGAAUUGCCAUAGAAUCGACUUCAAGUACUGCAUCAAGUACUGCAAUUUGUUCAUUUAUAUUUAUCGGAACUUCAGGAUCAUCAAUUUUGUCUACCUCAUAUCUUCGUUUCAUCUGUAUUUUCUAUCUUGUUUCGUUGGUUUGGUUCCAUGUAAAGCCCACCUCCAGUUUGCAUAUACUUCAUUGGUGAAUCUUUAUUUUCUUGGCUUUAA